UCCCUUUCUUUCUUUCGACUCCUCCUCGAGUGGCAACAACGUGUUUAUGCUGAAAGUGGAAGAUGGCUGAUACCGGCGAUGCACCUGCAGUGAAAAAACAAAAGAUUGUCGCCAGGGAAGGAUGUUUGUUGGGAUAUGGAAACCCAUUGUUGGACAUCUCUGUUCAGGGAACUGCAGAAUUCCUGGAAAAGUAUGAACUGAAAGCUGACAACGCCAUCUUGGCAGAAGAAAAACACAAGGGAAUGUACGAUGACAUGACAGAGACAUUUAAGGACUCCGUAGAGUAUGUGCCAGGGGGAGCCACUCUUAACUCAAUCAGAAUUGCUCAGUGGUUGACAGGAGUACCACAAGCGACAACAUUCUUUGGCUGUAUAAAUGAAGACAAGUAUGGCAACAUUCUGCUCAAAAAGGCAACUGACGACAAUGUCAACUUCAAGUGCCAGAUCACCAAAAAGGCACCAACUGGCACCUGUGCCGUGAUUGUGACCGACACAAGCAGGUCAUUAUGUGCAAAUUUAGGUGCAGCCAACUUGUUCACAAAGGACCAUCUGGAUGUCAAAGAAAACUGGAAUCUUGUAGAGGAGGCACAGUACUAUUAUAUUGCUGGUUUUCCUCUGACAGCUUGUCCAGCAGCUGUUGAAAUGAUUGCUAAACACUCAAGUGAAAAAGGCAAGACUUUCGCCACCAACUUAUCUGCUCCCUUCAUCUGCCAAUUCUUCAAGGAACCGAUGAUGCAAGUCAUGCCCUAUGUUGACAUUCUUUUUGGAAAUGAAACAGAAGCAGACACAUUUGCCAAGGAGCAUAAAUUUGGAACAGAAGACAGGAAAGAAAUUGCCAAGAAGAUGGCUGCUUUACCUAAAGAAAACAAGGACAAACCAAGGAUAGUGGUCAUCACACAGGGGGAAGAUCCAGUGAUUGUAGUGAAAGAUGGUGAAGUGACAGAAUACCCAGUCAUCCCGAUCAAAUCUAAGGACAUCAUUGACACUAACGGAGCAGGAGAUGCCUUUGUUGGAGGUUAUCUAGCUGAGCUGGUGAAAGGGGAGAACGAAGCCAAAUGUGUCAAGUGUGGAAACUAUGCCGCUAACAUUGUUAUCCAGCGGUCUGGCUGUACAUUCCCGGCCGAGCCCGAUUUUGAAUGACUGAUAUCUAGAAAGACAACUGAUGAACCAGAAUUUUUUACUUUACCUCUCAGCAGCUGACCAGUUGGAUAAUUUCAUCCUUGUAUGUAGAUACAGCUGUGAUUUAAAUAACCAUAUGAUAUUGCAGCAGACGACAAAUAUCUCAGGAUGUGAAAUACUCAGCGGUGAACCCCCUCGUGUUGGUACCCUAUACCAGAGUAAAGUUUCUCCUGACAAUGGCUGUUAGGAAUAAAAAACAUCAAUUUUCUAUUAAGAAAUAUAAGCACAACUUUGGAUUAAAACCAAAGCGUCAAGAUCGAUAAGUUAUUUUCUAGCAUAUAUCUUUGAUCUCCCAUUUGAAGAAGGUCAUGUGUACGGCUACAGUGCUUUGAUUGGCUUAGCUUGAGUUGUUCUAGGCACACAUUGAAUGAAACAAAAAGGAAAAGAAAUCUAAUAAGAUACCUAUUGACGCCUACCAUUGAGGAGGCCUACCAUUGAAGCCUACCAUAGAGGAAGCCUACCGUUGAAAAAUAUUUACAUUAAGAAUUGCAUUUCAUUGACGGAUAAUUUUGUAGAAAUAAUUCAAAUGUGUCUUGAAUAAAAAAAAAAAGUGAUAAUCAGAACUGAAUAUUUCACAGGAGAUAUGUAAUCUUCACUCAGAAACUUUAGUUACAAUGCAGUAUUAAAAAGAACAACGAACAUGUAUCUGCCAGAGUAAGUUUUCAGUAUCUAUUCAUCUUCUGAUUUGUACCGCAAUAAAAAUGGCAUUCAAAUAUGAACUAUAAGAACUGGAGAGGUAUUUAUAGUGGAUACAAGUAAAUCAUCCAAGUACAUGAUAGUCUUAUGUUAGAUAAUCAUCUGGUACAUGCUAUGGAAAUGACUCGCAGCUUACAGAGAGCUAUUGAAAGAGGAACUGACAGAUUGUAAAUAACAUAAAAUCAGUAGCCUCUCGAUCUCCAAGGUGAUCUGUAUCUGUCAUUUCAUUUCAUUUCAUUGACACAGGUUUAUGGUGUGAAUAUUUAAAUGUUAAAUCAGAUUUGAAUAUGAGUUGUAAUGAAGAGUGAUGUAUUAAAAGUGGUAAAGGUGAGGGUGAACGUUAAAAUCACUGGGGCUUGUACAGGUUAUUCACUUUUUAUUUAGCUUGGGUGAUUCACAGAGUAUUGUAGAGGAAAAAUUCAAGAGCAUAAAUGUUGAAUGUGGAGUGAAAAAUGUGGUAAAGGGCAGUAAACAACAUGAGCCUAUUUUCAAUACUAAAUCACAGGGACUUCAAUAUUUCAUUCGAUAAUUUUAUGUAUACAAGUAAUCAAGAACAAAUACGGUAGUGUACAUAUUUCAAUUAAAAGAGCUUCAAGCCCCUGUGCUUUUUUCAUCGUGAGAAAUUCUUUUGCUGAAAGUGUGUCUUAUUUCUUCAUGACAUUUAAGUGGAAAUCAUUAAAACAAAUACAAUUAAAAA